CAUUUCCUCACUUGAAGACAGGAAUUCUUCUUGCAACUUUAUGUCCAUGAUACCAUAACUGUUGCAGAACUGGAUCCAUAACCCAGAUACAUAAUCAUGAAACAGACGGAUACUGACCCCACAAACAAAUCAGCCAUGGAAAUAAACACUAAACCACCAGAGGAGAAAGCUACCAACGAACUACCAUUAAAGCAAAAAACAACCAGUUGUCAAGGAGUCAAGGUUUUCAUUGCUGCCCUGGCAUUUUCAUACUUUAGUAAAGCAUUUUCUGGGGCCACGAUGAAAAGUUCCUUCACGCAACUGGAAAGGAGAUUUGGCAUUACUUCCUCUACUGCUGGCUUCAUUGAUGGAGGCUUUGAAAUGGGAAAUUUGUUGGUGAUUGCCUUUGUGAGUUACUUCGGGGCAAAAUGUCAUCGGCCAAAAAUCAUCGCCAUUGGUUGCUUUAUCAUGUCUUUGGGGUGCUUCUUAAUAGCAUUGCCUCAUUUCUUCAUGGGAUAUUACCAAUAUGACACAAUAUCCUUCACAUCAGACAACAUCUCCAGUUUCUCCCCCUGCAUAUUAAAUCCCCAGGAUACGCCCAAGAUAAAAGGGUCAGACUGUGCCCAUAAAAUGGUUACAUCUUAUGCAUGGAUUUUCGUCUUGCUGGGGAAUAUGCUACGUGGAAUUGGAGAAACCCCAAUUACCCCUCUGGGCAUAUCGUACCUCGAUGAUUUUUCUAAAGAAGAAGAUGUUCCUCUAUAUAUCAGCUUUUUGCACACCUCAGCCAUGCUUGGCCCAAUAUCUGGUUUCCUCCUGGGAUCUGUGUUUGCCAGACUCUACGUGGAUGUUGGUUUUGUGGACAUGGAUACAAUAACUAUCAGUCCAACUGAUUCGCGUUGGGUUGGUGCAUGGUGGAUGAACUUUUUAGUUGCCGGGGUCAUCAUUCUGAUUUCCGGAAUCCCUUUCUUGUUCCUGCCUAAAAGUCUGGACAAAAAGGAGGAUGCCUGUAUCCAGAAAAACCUGGAUCCCAUGGAAAGCAGCAAUGAAAAUAGCCAUGGACAGAAGCCUGAUAUUCAAGGUGGAAUGGCAAACUCUGGACAAUUAAAAGAGUUCUACAAGUCCCUGAAGAGAAUCUUGGGGAACAAAUUGUACUUAAUACUAUUGUGCUCAUCGCUGCUAAAAACUAGCAGUUUAAUUGGAUAUAUUACCUACCAUACAAAAUAUAUGGAACAGCAAUAUGGACUGUCAAUGUCGAGAUCUAAUUUUAUAACAGCGGUUGCCAUUUUGCCAAUGGUCCUUCUUGGGAUGUUUUUAGGUGGGUUCAUCAUGAAAAAGUACAAGCUAGGAAUCCUUUCUGCUACAAAAAUGGGAUACACGGCAUCAUUCAUCGGAUUUGCCUUCAUAUUUCUGUGUCUAAUGCUGGGUUGUGACAACCACCCAGUGGCUGGAUUGACUGUGACCUAUGAUGGGAACACAGCUGCUCAGAACCCGCUUUCCUUAUCUUCAGCCUGCAAUUCCAACUGCACCUGUGCUACAAGCCAGUGGGAUCCUGUUUGUGGGGAGAACGGACUCACAUAUGUGUCAGCCUGUUUUGCUGGUUGCAAAAACAUAACCAGAUUGAAGAAAAAAAUAGUUUUUCACAACUGUAGUUGCAUUGAGCAAGCUGAUGCUGCAUUGAAGAAUUCUUCAGCGGUGUUGGGUGAAUGCCGAAGAAGUGAUGAGUGUUCAAAAAUUUUUAUUUUUUACAUCAUUGUCAAAGCUGUGAGCUCCUUUAUGUACUCACUGAGUGGUGUUCCUAUAUACAUGCUCCUUAUCAGAUCUGUACCUCAAGACCUGAAGUCACUUGCAGUUGGACUCAUGAUGCUUGUGAUAAGAUCAUUGGCUGGAAUUCCAGCCCCAGUUUACUUUGGUGCAGUGAUUGACAAGACUUGCUUGAAGUGGAGCAGUAACCCCUGUGGCCAGAAAGGAUCUUGUAGGAUAUAUGAUGCAAUGCAAUACAGGUAUUCCUUCUACGGUCUAAUAAGUGCCUUGAAAGUGCCAUCUUUUCUGCUGGGUUUCAUCUUUUACAUGCUUGUGAAGAAAAACCUUAGAAAACAAGAGGCCGAGAAAGCUGAAAAUGGAUGCAAAGAAGGUGCACCACUGAAUGAAGAGAUAAAACUAACGGAUACCAAACUUCCAGCCCAUCGUUCAGAUGCAGACGUGAAUACCUGCCUCUAGCAAAAUGAACUGAGCAUGGACUAGGGGUAGAAGAUGAAGGACUAUAAAAAGCUGCCAAAAUGUUCCUUGUAACUCUUAGAAUCACCGCUGGCUGUAGCUGCUAAAAAAAGGGUGGCAUUGCUUCCUGUCACUUUUGAGUGGGAAAGUUGCCCCAUAAAAGCAAAAUCAGUAUUCCUUUGGCAUUCCAAGCAAAAAAAGUGUUUACUCCCACUCUUUUGCAAAGCAAAACUCUGAAAGGCAAAGAAACUCCCAUCUUGUGAGGUCUUCUCAAAAAGAAAGAGAACACACAUGAUCCUUAGUUGCACGGAAGUAAAAACAAAACAUUGAAUUCUGGAACUGAUACAAAGAAUAAUUUAAAUCCAACACCUCAAAUUUUGUAAGAUUUCUAGGUACCUGUGAUAUCUUAAUUGAUUAUGUGGUUCCUCUCCAAAAAUAAAAGUCUAGUACCAUUUUACAGGGGGUGGGGGUUGGGCAGAGAAAGAAAGGAAGGAAGGAAGAAAAAGGAAGAAACGGGAAGAAAUGGGAAG